AUGUUUUCAUCAAUAGAAAUUCUCACAAAAAAUGAAAGAUAGAACUCUCGUCUAGGGACACAAAGAAAAAAAUUCAAACUAACCGGAAAUUCCAUUUUGAAUGGCGAACAACCUAUAACUCAUGAUUUUUCUAAAAGACGAACUCAUGAAAGUGAUAAAGGAGACCACUAAGGUUUUCUUAUGAAAUUGGGUUAUUCAGUAUCUGAUGAUCCAAAUUAUUAAGAAUAUCAGAAGAAAAAUAGGGGAAGCUCAAAUUCAACAGAUUUGUAAUCAGGAAAUAGACUGACAAGUCGCCAAUCAAAUAGUAACUCUGUUGCUACAAGAGUAUAGAGUAUAGAACUUAAUAACAAUUACGAAAACUUGAACUGCCCAAGAACCAGUGUGUAUAAUCCAAGAACAAUCAGAAAAACUUUUUAAUCUGAUAAUUCUGAUGGUGGACUCGAAAACUUCAGCGACCAUUCACACCAUAUCAGCCUUGAUAAAACUCCAAAACCUAACACAAGUGCCAGUUUCCCAAAAGAAAAGUCAUCAAUAAUCCCAACCUUAAUUCAAUAUAAAUUUCAAAGGAUUCGAAGAUGUUUCUAAAUGAUUAAAGCCCUGUUACGAAUGAAAAGUCUCUCCAACUAAAAGAAAACUUCUUGGUCGUUGAAGUAAGAGAUUUUAAGAAGGAAUCAGAAAUCACUCAAAUUUAAUGAAAGUCUUACUAUGAUCAAGAUUAAGUAAUGGACAUAAAUGGUAUUCUCAAAAAUGAUUUCUUUUAUACAAUAAAAAAGAUUAGACAAGUGCAAAUUAAACUUCAUUGACAAUCCAGAGAGCAUGACACAAUUAGAGAAAGAUUAGGCCAUAAUAGUUGUAUCAAAUAUUUUCACUUUUGCUAUGUCUAAUCUAGUGAUUAUGACAUCAUGCACUAAUUUGAUAAAUGAAUUAUAAGUCAUGAUGUACCAAGAGUAAUUCUAUGAUUACAGAAAACAAUUUAGUAAAUUUGUGAGUCAAAGAGCUAAUUAUAUCAGUUCGGAUUAUUAAGUAUUAACAGAAUAAGAAAAAUAAAUCAUUUUAUCCGAAUGUGUCAUUAUAAAUAAUCUGAUCCCAAGCUUAGUAAAACUGACUGAAAGCUUGGAUGUAUUGAAAUGCAAUAAACCAAGCAUUGAAUUUUUAAUUAGAUCCUUAAUUUCCUUAAUUCAGUAUUUUUUCAUAUAGAACUUUUCUAAUUUUCCUAAAAUUGCGAUGAAAAAAUAAAAAAUUAAUUUCUUUUAAUAUCAAUUAGGCAAGAUUGAUACCUCUAUGAUAAUUGUUUAAAAUACUCAACUCAAGUCAGAUGACAUGAUAUUUGGUACUUACAACGAAUAACAACUCAAAGAUUUCAUAUCUAAAGAAAACUGGUCAGAGUCCAAUAAAAGUAAAAUGAACUAAGUAGCAAACAAUUUAAUCAGAAUUUUCUGA